CUCUUCCUCAGAAAUGGCUCAAUCUCUAUAUUCCUCUCUUCUCCUCAUUGCUCUCUGCUCCAUAUCUGAAUGUGUUCAGCGUCAGUAUCACUUUAUAAAUGAGCAGAAGAACUGGACUGAAGCUCAGAGAUACUGCAGAGAGAAAUACACAGAUCUGGCCACCACUGACAACAUGAACGACAUGAUCCAGCUGAACAAGAGUGUGAAUGAUGAACGUGUCUGGAUUGGUCUGAAGAUGACCCAUGAUAAUAAUUGGCAUUGGUCUUCAGGUGAUCCUGUGCUCUUUCUGAACUGGGCAUCUGGACAGCCAUACAGCAAGGAUAAUUGUGCUGUUAUGAGAAAUGGACAGUGGGUUGUUGGGCCAUGUAGUAACACCUCAUUCUUCAUCUGCUACAACAUGAGCAGAGGACUGGUGUUUGUCAGUCAGUUGAUGAACUGGAGAGACGCUCAGAGUUACUGCAGACAGAAUCACAUUGAUCUGGUCAGUGUGAGGAACCAGAAUGAAAAUCAACAGCUGGAGAAGUUCAUUAAUGACAGAAACUCAUCUGGAUCUGCAGUCUGGAUCGGUCUGUUCAGAGACACAUGGCAGUGGUCAGAUCAGAGCAACUCCUCAUUCAGAUACUGGAAACCUGAUCUACCUGUUAAUCAAUAUUAUGAAGACUGUGUUGGGGUUGAACGCUACACUCAGGGACAUUGGGAUGAAUACCUCUGUAGUUCCCCGUUUACCUUUGUAUGUUAUGAAGGUGAUUUCUGCUUUGUUUUGUGUCCAGAUAAACUGAUUGUGAUCCAGCAGAAUCUGUCGUGGUCUGAAGCUCUGAGAUACUGCAGACAGAAUCAUGUGGAUCUGGUCUCGGUUCAGUCAGUGGAGAUGCAGCGUCAUGUGAUGAACGUGGUUAAACUGGCGUCUACUGAGGCGGUGUGGUUGGGUUUACACAACUACUGCAGCAUGAACAUGUGGCUCUGGCUGAGUGGAGACAUGGUGUGCUAUCAGAACUGGGCUCCAGGGAACGGCAGCACACCGGAAAACUGCAAACUGGAGAACAGAAAAGGAGCAGUUCAGUCUGGAGGAGAUCAGACCUGGAUCAGCCUUCCUGAAUCUCACAGACUCAACUUCAUCUGCAGAAACUACUGAGAGUGAGAAAGAUGUGUUUGUGUGUUUACUCACUUCCACUGUGUUUUUAACGAGUUAAUCUGGUAUAUGUACUUUAAUAGCCAAGGGUUUUACUUCUGUAUUUUAUCUAUCAUGAAAUAAUAUGUUCUUAACAACAAUGUUUUAACAUCAAUGUUUAAGAUUAAGGUUUAAGGUUCUUCAGUUUAAGAUUCUUUAGAUGUGAUGUGUGUGAACUGUUUCUAGAUCUGCUGGUGUUUGGUCUCUUCAUGUUUUGCUGAAUGUGAUUCUGUGAGCAGCAGAUCUUCAGUAAAUCAUGAUUUGUGUUUCAGCUGAAUGAAAUCUGCUUUAUUCUGAAAGGCAGAAGAGAAGUUUGGGUAUAAAAUGUGAUUGAUCCUAAAUCCUGAAAUAAACAGAACAUCAGAUGAAAUAAACUGAUCUACAGUCAGUA